CUGAUCCUGAAGUGUGAGGCAAUGGAUGGAAGGAAUCACUCCACAGUAUCAGAAUUUGUGUUCCUGGGACUCACCAAAGCAUGGGAGAUCCAGCUUCUCCUUUUUGUCUUCUCCUUUUUGUUCUACUUUGUAAGCAUGAUAGGAAACCUUGUCAUUGUGUUCACUGUAACCCUGGAUGCUCAUCUGCACUCCCCCAUGUAUUUCCUCCUGGCCAACCUCUCAGUCAUUGACAUGAUAUUUUGCUCAAUCACUGCUCCUAAAAUGAUUUGUGAUAUUUUCAAGAAGCACAAAACCAUCUCCUUUUGUGGCUGUAUUAUCCAAAUCUCCUUUAUUCCUGCUGUUGGAGGAACUGAGAUGGUGCUGCUCAUAGCCAUGGCCUUUGACAGAUAUGUGGCCAUAUGUAAACCUCUCCACUACCUGACCAUCAUGAGUCCAAGAAUGUGUCUUCGAUUUUUAGUCACUUCCUGGAUCAUUGGCCUUAUCCAUUCAUGGGUUCAAUUAGUUUGUGUGGUAGAUUUGCCUUUUUGUAGCCCUAAUGUACUGGAUAGUUUUUACUGUGACCUUCCUCGGCUACUCAGACUCGCCUGCACAAACACCCAAGAACUGGAGUUCAUGGUCACUGUCAAUAGUGGGCUCAUUUCUGUGGGAUCCUUUGCCUUGCUGGUCAUUUCCUAUGUCUUCAUUCUGUUCACUAUUUGGAAACACUCUUCUGGUGGUUCAUCCAAGGCCCUCUCCACUUUGUCAGCUCAUAUCACUGUGGUGGUUUUGUUCUUCGGGCCUCUGAUGUUUUUCUGCACAUGGCCUUCUCCAACAUCACAUCUGGAUAAAUAUCUUGCUAUUUUCGAUGUAUUCAUCACUCCUUUUCUGGAUCCAGUCAUCUACACAUUCAGGAACAAAGAGAUGAAAGUGGCAAUGAGGAGACUGUGUAGUUGUCUUGUACAUUAUGAGAGGAUUUCGUAA